CGACCGACUACCAAUCGUAUCUUGUUCGCGAUUUUGUGCGGUUUUGUUGUUGAGUAUUUCGCGUCUUUUCCAUUAUAAAACACAAUUUAACACACCGGAUUAGCGAUGGAGACAUUGCUGGAGCAACAGAGAAGAUACCACGAGGAACGUGAGCGCCUCAUGGAUGCUCAAUUCAAAGAAAUGAUGCACCCAACAAAAACGCACAGGGAACAGAUCAAUUCUGAACACAGGCUCAGACAGUUGUUGGAUAGAUACAUGGAAUGUUCAGCUGAACUCCGUGAUUUGUACGAAGACAAAGAUGGUCUUCGUAAGGAAGAAGUACAAGCUCUGUCCGGGCCAAAUGAGUUUGCUGAGUUCUACUCCAGGCUUAAAACAAUCAAAGACUUCCACAGGAAGCAUCCCAAUGAGAUCAGUGUACCAAUGUCAGCAGAGUUUGAAGAGUUGAACAGAAUCCGAGAAAGUUCUGCAGAUGAGACAACAAAUAUGGUUGACUUCACAGAUGAAGAAGGCUAUGGAAAGUACCUUGAUUUACACGAGUGUUUCUCCAAGUAUAUCAAUCUCAAGGGUAUCGAGAUGUGUGACUACAUCACCUAUCUCUCCGUGUUUGAUCAUUUAUUUGACAUUCCAAAAGAUAAGAAGAAUGCUGCCUACAGAGACUAUCUUCUGACACUCCUGGAAUAUCUGGACUCCUACUUGGGCAAAGUGAAGCCAUUGCUUGAUCUAAAUGAGGAAGUUGAUGCAGUCAAGCUUGAGUUUGAAAAACAAUGGACAGAUGGAGCAUUUCCUGGGUGGCCGCGUGAGACGUCAGGUGCCCUGACUCACUCUGGAGCCCAUCUUGAUCUGUCUGCCUUCUCAUCAUGGGAAGAGUUGGCCUCCCUUGGUUUGGACAGAUUGAAGUCUGCUCUCAUGGCUUUGGGACUCAAAUGUGGAGGAACCCUUGAAGAGCGUGCACAGCGUCUGUUCAGUACUAAGGGAAAGAGCUUAGAAGACUUGGAUCCCACCUUGUUCGCCAAGUCCAAACCUGGUAAAGCUGGCAAGAGCCGCGAUGUGGAGAGGCAGAGGGAACUGGCAUUCCUUGAGGCGCAGGUCUACAGAUUAACUGAGGUGCUGAGCGAACAGCGGGCAGCGACCCGAGAUAAUGUGCAGCGUAAACAGGCCAGGACAGGAGAAGAGAGAGAAGAAUCUGACGAGGAGCAUUAUACUGACGACGAUUCUGAUGACGAUGACAACGAUAUUCCUUACAAUCCUAAGAAUUUACCUCUUGGUUGGGAUGGCAAGCCGAUUCCUUACUGGCUUUACAAGUUACAUGGUUUGAAUAUAAACUACAACUGUGAAAUAUGUGGAAACUAUGUCUACAGAGGGCCUAAGGCAUUCCAGCGGCAUUUUGCAGAAUGGAGGCAUGCUCACGGCAUGCGAUGUUUAGGCAUUCCAAACACGGCCCAUUUUGCUAACGUCACUCUCAUUGAGGAUGCUGUGGCAUUGUGGCACAAGAUUAAAAAUUCAAAGGAAUCGGAAAGAUGGAGACCUGACACUGAGGAAGAGUUCGAAGACUCUCAAGGCAAUGUUGUCAACAGAAAGACAUUCGAGGAUCUGAAGAGACAGGGACUUUUAUAGACAAUUGAAAUUUUGCUGCAUUCAGCUGGUGAUUUCAGUCUCUUGUCUUGCAUAUCUUUGAAUUCAUGGCUAUGUGAGAGAUUAAUUUGAUAUUCUGCCAUUUGUCUUGAUAAAGAACCAUAGGGAUGGAUAGGUUUCUUGCACAGGCCCUGGGCUGAUGACUGAAACUUGGGAUUUUCGCGGCAGUUAACAGUGCUUGGUACCAAUUUGUAACAAACAUGUCAUUAUUUCUAUGACCUCCAGGCCUUUAGUUUUGUUUCCAAAUACUGAUCAUGCUGUGCAUCAAGGUUACUUGUAAAACGUCACUUUGUAAAUACAUUGUAUGAUAAUGUCUUACUGCCAUAAUAAAAAAGAUAAAAGAUCUUCAUGUCUUGUUUAAUCCUUUACCACCAGAUGCCUGUACUUCAUUGAAAUAACAACGUGCAAUAUCCUUGGGCACCAAAGUGCUCUUCCC